AUGCUGUCCGCGAAGUGCCCUCAAAUGCGCGUGUUUACGCAGCGCAUCGCCGUCUUUUCCACGCAAGUUCAGACCGAUCCGGCGCCGAUUGUGUUCGUCGGCAAGGGAACGACGCGUAAGGAUUCUGAAAUUGGAAAAAUGCGGAAAAUCGAGUCUCUUGGAGUUUCAGCUCGUCAAAACUCGCUGCUCGGACCCAACGACAGUCAAUAUCCGUUCCAGGGAGACGUCUCUUUUGCGCACAAGGUUUGCCAUGUAAAAUUUGUGAUUUAUCACUAAACAAUCGUGAUUUUUGUGUUAAUUUCCAAAAAUUGUUUCUGGGAGACUCAAAAUUCACUCAGUACGUGUUUUCUAACGUUUCAAACGCGUCUCAGCUCAAAAAAAAAUGCUCAAAACCUGGAUUUGCAACUAAUUUUUCCAAAAUUCCAAAACGUCCAAGUUUGCAGCCGCUGUCCCUGCGCCAACAAGUGGAGGCCUCGCGGAUCGAGAAAGCGCUCGAAAACACGGAGCACUCGCUGAUCGCUCUGCUCUCGAACAACGCGAUCGAGGUGGAUCGGACGCACCUGACGCAGAUCAAGGAGGAGGCGAUGGCCGAGUUGCAGGCGAACGCCGCCGACGUCGAGAUCGAGCUGAGUGCGGUGGAGUGCCCGAAACUGCUGAAGCGGGAGAUGAAGUACCUGUUCCCGCAGAUGGAGACGCACAAGAUGAAGGAGAUCACCAUUUUCAACCUGACCCAAAAAUCGGAGUUUGACAUGAAGGCGUGGAGCGAGGCGAUGGAGGAGGAGCGCGAUAAACUGACCGCCUCGUUCGUCAUGUCGGCCAACGCCAUCUGUAAGACGCUCAACCACUACGGCUACUGGGCCGACUUCAUCGACCCCUCGUCGGGCCGCCCGUACAUGAGCGACUUCACCAACCACACGCUGUUCGAGACGAACGAGAUCUACAAACAGAUGGGCUUCAAGAUCGAGGACCUCGGCUGCUGCAAGGUGCUGCAGCACGCCUGCUGGGGCUCGCACGCCUUCGUCGGCACCAUUUUCACCGACGCCCCGCUCGACAGCAUCGCCGUGCGCGAUAUCAUGCGUAAAGUCACCGAAGAGGUACAAAAAUCGCACUAUCUAAGUCAGAAAAGACUGCAAAAUUUGAAGUUUUGUGUUUUUUGAGCUGAAAAUCCGUAAUUUAACGAGUGUCGGCUUAAUUUUCAAUGAAAUGAUGAAAAGUUUCUGUAUUUUGAAUUUCAAACUCGCGCCAACCAAAUUCUCAGUUUCAUUCGCAAUAGAGCACAUUUGCAUUAUUUUCGAAGAAUAGUUAUUUUUCUGAAAAUUCAAAUUUUCCGCAAUUUCAGGUCAACGAGGACUACUAA